GAUAUCAACUUUCCUCAAGUCACGCAGUCCAGGCAUGGCCGAGCAGGGAGAAGAGGAACACGCUAAGAAAAAGACGAAAACGGUGCCACCUCUUCAUCAGCUCAUAGCAGCAAACAACGUUCAAAAUCCUCUCUUUGACUUCCUGAUUCCCGGACAAAGAUGUUUCAGUGCGGCAACAUUUGCUUCUGAAUUCAGGAAUCUUCUUAAGAGCAGCCAGUCGCUCGGUUUCAAAGAGACGACUGUCAUUCAAGUCGGCGAAUACCGCCUGCCCCCUUUGCACUGGAGCGCCACGUUGGGCUGCGGAACGGCCGUACAAGAACUGUUGAAGAUGGGGUACAAUCCACUGCUGAAAGUGCGUGAGACCGGCCACACGGCUCUUCACUCUGCCGCUCUAUUUGGUCCGAUGGGUCGGUGGCAUGUCAACGACACUUCUCGCGUGUUUGCACGCAUCGUUCCCAUGCUGUUCGAUGCUUUGUUCAUCCAGGACAACAAUCUAGCGACUCCGUUUCAUCUCGUUGCGUUUGGAAUCAGUGGAACCAAUCGAGCGCGGUUGUAUGAGAUAAUGCUGCAUGUUUUCUUCACACAGUUGAAGGGUCGGCCCGAGAAGGCGAGUGACGUUCUCAAUAUUCAGGAUCAGCAGGGCAACACGAUGAUGCAUUAUCUUGCCGAGUGCUCGUCUCUGUCGGAGAAGAUUUUGUUGGAUCUUUGGGAGUUCGACAUUUCCUUUGAAAUCAAAAACAAGGAGGGCCAGACCGCAUACGACAUCAGCGUGAAACACAACAACAAACCAAUCAUCGAACUGUUCGGUCCCGAUGCAACAGCCACACCUUCCACUCUCACGAACUCCUCAAGCAAACAACCAAAAACACGAAAGCGUAGACAUUUUGAUCUACACAACUUCAAAGAGGACAAAGAAACGAGAAGGAGGAGGAAACCGAAUCGUUACGAUCCGACCUUCCACGACGAGGUUCCAAAGUUCUUGCAACUGGACGUUCAGAAAGUGAAGAAAAAGAAGAAAAAGAUGGAAAGUCAGUCUGAGACUGGCAACUUGUCUGAUAGUGAUACGGAUGUUGAGAAGUCAAUGGAGAGCAACAGUGAGGAGGCGGGUGGCAAUAGGAGUCGUACGAGUGUGGAGUCGGCGAUUGUGUCGUCUUCGCUGUCUGUGAAUCUCUCGAAGAACUUGUAUGUUGAUGGUGAGAAGUUUGAGUUGUCGUCGCAGCCUUCUGCAGCUGGAAACUCAUCACAUGCAGGGAAAUCACACCAGGAGCUUCUUCCUUUGCUGGAAUCUCUAGUUGCGUCGGGUUUGUGGAAACAACUCACUGAACUGGCUACAAGGAUGAAGCGCGAGUUGGAGCAGGAGAGACUUGAGUGUAAUAGACGAUUGGAAGUUACUGCUUCAUCUAUCGUAAAAGUAAAGGACAACCUUCGUCGCUGUAACAGCGAAAUGGAGAGACUACACAAGGAAAUCUCAAGUCUCCGUCGCACUGAAAUUCAACUAAGUGAACACGAACGCAUCACAGCAGACCAACUCAACGACAUCGACAACAAAAUUAGUAAACUCGAUUCCUUUGUGAAGCAAGCCACAACGACUGGCACCAACAAGCAGUAACAUCAAUCGCUUGCUGCUGAUUGGUUGCCUUCAUUUUAUUUUAGUAAAACGAGUUGCAGAGUCCUGCACACAGGGGGGUCUGUUCUGAUUUUGUUUUUAUUGAUGUUUUCUAUUGGGGAGCACUCGUUUGUUGAGGAAGUAAGGACGUACGUUGGACAUGCAGGGCUAUAGUUAAGAUGUACGUGUGUGCUUGGUUUGAGUUGUCCUUUGAGACUUCGUUUUAUCAUAACACUACAGUUUGGGUAUCCUAGAUGUGACGUCACAGACGUGAUGCACACUAUUUUAACUUUAAACUUCUUUCUCCUUACAUGUGUUUGGUAAAUACUUGUGAACGGUGUUGAGUUUGUUUUUGA